UCCACUCAUGCACAUAACAUCUGUUGACAACAUACCUGACCUCCUGAGGAGAGUGGUACUUUUCUAUUACAUCUCUUGAGAGCUGCGACGGGCAGACAAACAUGAAGCCCAAAUCUCUUCCAUCAAGGUUGUUUGACAGACGUUCAGCGUCGGAUGAGACUCCAGCGAAAUAUCAACGACAUGUGGAUCACCAGGAGAGUCUGUAUCACUCUGACCACAAUGACAGCCAGCCGGUGGCAGACGGCAGCGGACUAAAUGAGAAGAGCCACAGACAAGUUCAUUUUGCAUUUCUGCCUGAGAGGUAUGAGCCGCUGGUGGAUGAGGAGGCGAAAGAAGAGAAGAAGAAAAGGAAGAAAGAAAAGUACAAGAAAGUCAAGAAGAAUGUGGGCAAGGCCCUGCGCUGCACCUGGAAGUGUCUGAUGCUUGGUCUGUACAACUUCGCCCUCGGCUACUCUACUCCGAUCACGGUGGCUGCUACUUUUGUCCCAGACUUUCACCCGGGUAGAAACACCACCUGAACCGAGCCACGUGCACCUCCUCUGGUUUCUCUGCAAACUGUAUACUGUACAUACUGGUAAACCCACGGACACCGACCAAAGACUCUAAAUAUGUUUAUAAUGUUUGUGUAUUUGAAAUUACGUUUUUAUAUGUUACCACAUCUUAUUAAGAAUAUUCGUAUUGUGCUGUAGUGCAACUUAGUACUUGUAAAAUAGGCCUUGUACAGCAGACCUUUUGAGUUGUCAAAGUAGGAAAAACACAGUUGUUACUAAUACUAAUGAUGUUCUAAUCAACUGUUUGAGACAUCAUUUAUUUCAUUAUUUACACUUUUGCUUUUCCUACUGUGACAUGUUGAUCUUAUCAAUCCUAAUGUCCUGUUGUUGGUCAUAAUAUACAGUAAU